GAAGUUCAACAUAACAACAACAUAAAUCUGCAAGAAUGACUGGCCGUGGCAAGGGAGGCAAAGGACUCGGAAAGGGAGGCGCCAAGCGUCAUCGCAAAGUUCUGCGUGACAACAUCCAGGGAAUCACCAAGCCCGCUAUCCGUCGUCUGGCUCGUCGUGGAGGAGUCAAGCGUAUUUCCGGUCUGAUCUACGAGGAAACCCGAGGUGUCCUGAAAGUGUUCCUGGAAAACGUGAUCCGUGACGCUGUGACUUACACCGAACACGCCAAGCGCAAGACCGUCACUGCCAUGGACGUCGUCUACGCCUUGAAGCGACAGGGACGCACUCUGUACGGAUUCGGUGGUUAAGAUACUAGAUCGAAGAGCAAAUAGCGUCAUUCCAACGGCCCUUUUUCAGGGCCAACACUUUUGUUUGAAAGGAACUGAUUUGAACUCAUUUUAUAAUCAACUAACCGCUUAUAAACCCCUUUUGAAAUCUGACCUAGAUCGAAUAGAUGUUGCAUGGAAAGGAAUUCCAGUUCCAGUUCACGAUACCUCUCACGAAAAACGCAUUACUACAGUAAACAGAACUGUGUCGGGGAAUAACAAAACGUCCUGUUCGAGAACCACGUAGGGGUACAAGAAGAGAUCUUAGAUAUUCCGGUUUACCUGAGAAUAGCAUUCUUUGAAUAUCAGUAUCGGAUUUGAAAGCAUAAAAUAUUUCGAAGUGACAUCCUAAUAAAUCUUUUUGAAGACGCGGGUAAAUCUGGUUAGAUAAAAAACAUAUAACAUAACACAUGUGUACCAAAUUAAGCCGCAGUGGACUGAUUCUUAAAUAGAAAAUAUGACGAUUUUAAAUCGUGAUAUCUUAAA